AUGCCAAAAUAUUACUGUGACUAUUGCAAAUCGUAUCUCACUCAUGACACUAUGAGUGUGAGAAAAUCUCACUUGCAAGGAAGAACUCACAUAAAGAAGUACUGUGAGUAUUAUGAGCAGAAAGCAAAACAACUUGGCAUCUGGGACUUGACUGAGAAUCAGUAUGAUAUCGAUUUGGAAUACAUAAAUAGCAAGAGACCAUCGCCUGAGAAUUUUGCUAAGAAGAUGCUACGAAAAGCCGAACACGAAAAACAAGGAAAGAAAGAAGACCCAAAAGAGGAACCGCUAUGUCUACCUCCACCUCCAGUGGCCCCAGGAAUGCCAGGGCUCCCACCAUCAGUUCUUCGAUUUGCAGAGGAAAACCGAAAGGCUAUUGCCGUGCACAUGGCUCGCGAUGCUCCUCCUCUUUAA